CUCUUUUUGUCUUUGUACUGUGAAGAAAAGCUAUCAGAGAGGAAAGAAGCAAGGAGGACAAUGAAGAAUAGAAAUUAUCCUUAAACAACAGAAUUUGACUAGAGGUUUUUAAAAACUGAACUCAUCCACCUGGUUAAGGACAGGAAGCUUUCUGCAGAAAUUAUUGAGGAAGAAUCUGUGAAGAAAAUAUGACUGCCCAAGAAAAGCUUAUAGUGACGUCAAAAUCAGUAAGAUCAACUGCGAUAAAACUUGUCAUCCCCUUGUUAAUGGUUCAGGUAACGCUGGUAGAAAAUGUUUUGUGUGGGCAUGUGCUUAUUUGGCCAACAGAUGCCAGCCAUUGGCUAAAUAUUAAAAUAAUAAUUCAGGAACUGAUAAACAGAGAUCAUCAUGUCAGCAUCCUGGUUCCGACAACAUCUCUCUUCAUCACAUCCGGAGAUAUUGCAGCUGCCAAUUUUGAAGUAUAUUCUGUUCCCUUUACAAAGGAAGAGUUUAAUUUUUUGAUCAUGGAUAUGAUAAAGUUGUGGUGGGAUAAUAAACCAUCUAUUACAACCUUUUAUAGAUUUUAUCUGGAACUAGGAAAAUUGAUGGAGAAAGUAAAUAAACUCAAUAGGCAAAUGUGUGAAGCAGUUCUAUCUAAUCAAGAACUCAUGUCUAAGCUAAAGAAUGCUAAAUAUGAUGUACUUCUUUCUGAUCCUGUGAUGCAAUGUGGUGAUUUGAUUGCUGUGAAGCUGAACAUCCCAUUCUUAUACACGCUAAGGUUCUCUCCAGCCUCAACAGUGGAGAGACACUGUGGAAAAAUGCCUGCCCCUCCUUCUUAUGUUCCAGCUGCUUUAUCUGGGUUCACAGACAAAUUGUCAUUUGGAGAAAGGAUAAAAAAUAUUAUGUCUUACUACAUUCAAGAUUAUGUUUUCCAAAAAUAUUGGGGGGAAUGGGAUUCCUAUUACAGUCAAGUUUUGGGGAGACCCACAACGCUGUGUGAAAUAAUGGGCAAAGCAGAAAUAUGGUUAAUCCGAACCUACUGGGAUUUUGAAUUUCCACGACCUUUUCUACCAAACUUUGAAUUUGUUGGAGGUCUGCACUGCCAGCCAGCCAAGCCUUUAUCUGAGGAAAUGGAAAAUUUUGUACAGAGUUCAGGUGAACAUGGUAUUGUAGUAUUUUCCUUUGGUUCAUUAGUUCAAAACUUAACAGAUGAAAAAAAUAAUAUAAUUGCAUCAGCACUCAGCCAACUUCCACAGAAGGUUAUUUGGCGGUAUAAAGGGAAAAAGCUAGAAAUGCUUGGAGCCAAUACCAGGACCUAUGAUUGGAUACCACAAAAUGAUCUUCUUGGCCAUCCAAAGACCAAAGCAUUUAUAACACAUGGCGGAACAAAUGGAAUUUAUGAAGCCAUUUACCAUGCAAUUCCCAUAGUAGGGAUUCCCCUAUUUGCAGACCAGACUGAUAAUAUUAUCCAUAUGAAGGUGAAAGGAAUGGCUGUUGAACUGGACAUCCACACAAUGAAAGCAGAAGAUUUAGUAAAUGCUGUAAAUACUGUCAUUCAUAAUGAUUUUUUUAAGAAAAAUGCUUUAAAAGUAUCUCAGUUCCAUCAUGAGCAACCGAUAAAGCCACUGGACCGGGCUAUCUUUUGGAUUGAAUUUGUCAUACGUCACAAAGGUGCCAAGCAUUUGCAAGUAGCUGCCUAUCACUUGACUUGGUAUCAGUAUCACUGUCUAGAUGUCAUAGCCUUCUUGAUUGGCUGCACAGUAGUUUUUGCAUUCAUCACUUUUAAAUGCUGUUCGUAUUGUUUUUGGAAAUGUGGCAACAUUUUACAAAAAUCAAAAACAGAUUAAUUUUUCUGAGACUCAGUCUCCAUUACCUGAUUAACAUAGUUUAUGCUCAUUAUUAGUACAGUAAGAUUUAUGUUGAACAUUUCCAUAUAAUUAGAUUCCAUUCAUAACAUUAAAUUUAUUUGUAUGUGUAAAUAGUUAACAAAUUUAACUAGUUUUGUUUUGAUUUGAUUGGUAGUUAAGUAUUUCUGAACUGGAAAUUGAGCUAUAAUGAGAAGUAUUUUUUUGCAAAUGCUUCUCUAUAAUUCUUUCUCCAAAUCUAAUUUAUUUAGAAAUUCAUAUGUAUAAUUUUUUUCCUCAAAAUGCCAAUCACUUGUUUAAAAAUGUUCAUGGAACAUCUUAUCUAAUAUAAGAGAGAAUUAGGUAAGACUAAGUGAUGAACUUAUCUUCAGCUGUCAAACAAAAGUAUGAGAAAAUCAGAUUAAACAGUAAUUUAUAUAGAACUUUUGGUUGUGUUGCAUUGUAGAUGGACACAUCUUUGUUAUGUAUUAAGACUAACAAACAAAAGUAUCCAAAAAUUGCUGCUUUCACAAUAGUUUUUGUAACUUCUAUCAGAAAAUACUUGAGAGCCUUCACUGGAAUUCACUGCCUGUCUUGUGCAAUAUUCGUAUCAACAAAUGGGCUUUAGCAGCUGUAAAGGGUUAGAGGAAAAAUUCCAAAAUUUCUGUUUUCUCAAGAUUUAAAAUAUUUUUAAAAAUUGAUUAUGCAUCUGCCAUCCCCCAAGCCAAGCUUUGCAAAACUGAAAGCCUGACACCUUCGGGGGGGGGGGGGGGGGAGAGAAGAGGGAGAGAAAGAAGAGAAAUCUAAACAUGCCAACACCUGCUCGCCAAGGUCAUCCACCGGAGUGCAAAGCAGAAAAGCCCGUAAAACCAAAGUCCCAUUACCCAAAAAAGAUACCAGCGCUUAAUUGAAUGUUUGCUGAUAAUAGGGGAGAUGGUCAGGGAAAGGGGAAUGUUAAUUGUGUAGCAUGCACAGCAAAAUGCCAGCUUUGUUAAACUUCUGUAACCAUUUAAGCACCAGUAAAUAUACUCUUGGCAAAACAA